UCCGGGGCUCCUGAUUGGCUGCGGGGCCGAGCGGGCGGUGGGAGCGGUGCCGAGCGCGGGGCGCGCUCCUGGGGCGCGCGGCGGGAGCGCGCCUGAGGGGGGCUGCACCUGCGGCCCCCGCGGGGCGGGGCGGGAGCGCGGGCGGGCGGCGAGCGCGGAAAUGUCGCGGCGGCCGGGGCAGCGCAGGUAACCCCGGUGCCGGCAGGCAUCCUCCCCUCCGUGCCCGCCCCCAGCGCCGGGAGCCUCGCCCCGGCGGCCGCGCCUCCGCCCCGGGAUACCUCCGCACCUGGGACGCGCCCGCCCCAGGAUGGCACAGCCCGGGAGGAUGGCACAGCCCGCGGCGGAGGAGGCGGGUGGCUGCGCCGCCGCCGCACCGGGAGACGACGGCGAGGAGAUGAACGGCAGGAAGGUGGCUCUGAUCACCGGCAUCACCGGGCAGGAUGGAUCGUACUUGGCUGAGUUCCUGUUGGAAAAAGGCUAUGAGGUGCAUGGCAUUGUUCGUCGGUCCAGUUCCUUUAACACAGGCCGGAUUGAACAUCUCUAUAAGAACCCACAGGCUCACAUUGAAGGAAACAUGAAGCUGCACUAUGGGGAUCUCACAGACAGCACCUGCCUGGUGAAGAUCAUUAAUGAAGUCAAACCCUCUGAGAUUUACAACCUGGGAGCUCAGAGCCACGUCAAGAUUUCUUUCGACCUAGCAGAAUAUACUGCUGACGUUGAUGGGGUUGGCACUUUACGGCUCCUAGAUGCUAUUAAGACCUGUGGCCUUAUCAACUCUGUGAAGUUUUACCAAGCUUCCACCAGUGAACUUUUCGGAAAGGUGCAAGAAAUCCCGCAAAAGGAGACCACCCCUUUUUACCCGAGAUCGCCUUACGGGGCAGCAAAACUGUAUGCCUACUGGAUUGUGGUGAACUUCAGAGAAGCCUACAAUCUCUUUGCUGUGAACGGCAUCCUCUUCAAUCAUGAGAGCCCCAGAAGAGGGGCUAACUUUGUCACUCGAAAGAUUAGCCGAUCAGUGGCAAAGAUUCACCUUGGGCAGCUGGACUGUUUCAGCCUGGGCAAUCUGGAUGCUAAGAGGGACUGGGGCCAUGCCAGAGACUACGUUGAGGCCAUGUGGUUGAUGUUGCAAACGGAUGAGCCUGAGGACUUUGUCAUAGCCACUGGGGAGGUCCACAGUGUCCGUGAAUUUGUGGAGAAGUCAUUUAAGCACAUUGGGAAAACCAUUGUGUGGGAAGGGAAGAAUGAAAAUGAAGUGGGACGAUGCAAGGAGACUGGCAAGAUUCAUGUGACAGUCAAUCACAAGUACUACAGGCCAACUGAAGUGGAUUUUCUGCAAGGGGACUGCACCAAAGCCAGGCAAAAGCUGAACUGGAAGCCGAGAGUCACAUUCGAUGAGCUGGUGAGGGAGAUGGUGGACGCUGAUGUGGAGCUCAUGAGGAACAAUCCCAACGCCUGAGGCCUGGCUGGGCCCGCAGGCAUCCCAGGAGCCACACCACAGCUGCAGCCCAUGGCCAGCACUGCCAUGAGCCCCCAGGGUGGGCAGCUGCCCCUCCCUGCAACGGUUUGAUUGUUGGCCUGCCUGUGUGUAAAAGACUGGGUUUAUUCCUGCCUCUACCCUCUACAUCCUCCCAGUGCCUCUUGCCCCAUGCAUCAUCCCAGGGUCAGCUCUGCCUGGGCUAGAUCUGUCUUCUGCCAUUAACUGGGGAAGGAUUAUACUGUACCUGAAAACUUCAUCAGCCAGCAAACCCAUUGAUUUCAUUUUUAAUUGAGACUCAUCUUUCUAUUCUCUAGGACCUCCAGCACAUUUUUAUUACUUAACCCCAUUUGAGAAACAAAGCGUUCCCUUGCCCCCACUCCUCCCCUCUUCACAUCAGCAGACCUUUGGUGCAAACAUGGGCUCACCAUGCCUCCAGACCUGGCUCCACAGACUGCCCUUUCUGCCUUUCCUGAACACUCCUUGUUUUUCUUUCCUGCAGCCUUACCUCCACCCCAACAGCCCAUUUCCAGCACCUGAACUCUGUAAAAGUUUGGAUAACUUGAUAUAACUUGCAGUGAAAUCGCCUUUUGACCAUGCUGAAUUAAUUCCUAAUUGCUGGAAUCGCUUUCAAAACAGUCAAGCUGGGGCUUGUAUAUGUUUUUCAGAUCUUCAUUUCAGAGUGUGCAUGAGUCACAGAAAGCCUUUUUGUCCAGCACCUUCUCAAUCCAGGGAGAUUACGGUGUUUUGGUUUUGACCCCCUCCCCCAAGAAUCAACCCAUUCCCCUUCCACCCUCUUCCUGCAUACUAUAAUUAAACCUCAGACAGGAGCGUGAACCAUUUCAAAAGAUGACUUAACAAAUAAAAACAAAAUAAAUAAAAAAGCUUAAAAAAAAUUAGAAACUUCAAG